CACAAAUCCUGCCUGCAUGAAACACCUGAAACGACAAGAUUGAUUUCCUUGGGCUACUUGUGAAAUCAUAAGAGGUAAAAAAACCCUGUUAUCCUUAUAACAGCUCUAUGGUGUACGGCACGGGGGAGGAAUACGGUUUUCUCCCCUCAUUUCAUGCUGUCGGUUUGACACGAGUCUACUGUGAACCAGAGAAGACAUGAAGGGACAGAAAAUACAAUCUCUUCUCAUAUAUUUAUUUCAAAUUUGGGGUUUUGCAGAACAGGAAACAGUAACAGGACUGUUUUCCAAGGAUUGCAUUCUCCCCUGUCUUUUCCCACCUGGGAGUGAUGAAGUAAUUUACUGGAAGAAAGGGGACAAAUAUGUGCACAGCUACUACUACCAGAGGGAUCAGCUGGAAAGUCAAAACCCGGAUUACAGACACAGAACACACCUUUUCCAUGAAACCAUUCCUAGUGGAAAUGCCUCCUUGAAACUCAGCAACCUGACCUUGACUGAUGAGGGCCCUUAUAAUUGCUACGUGGGAACCCAGCAAACUAAAACAGAAGUGGAAGUCACGCUGCGUGUAAAAGUAUCCUCUUAUUAUGCAUUGGAAUACCAAAAGACAAACAAAGAAAGGAUGCUCAAGUGCUAUGCCUUUCUCACUUAUUCAGCACCACGUAUAUCUUGGGUACAAGGCAACAAAUCCAGCCGAGAAACAGGUCGGAAAGAAACCAGGGAUGGAGUUCUCUAUUCUCUUAGAAGUGACCAGAACAUUAUAAACACAGUGGAUCCUUAUUAUUGUUAUAUUCAUCUGCCUGAGGAAGAGUGGGCUGCUGAAUGGAAGAUGCAAGACCAGCUGUCUAAUGCAGAAGGAAGCAGCAUUGCAAUUCCUUGUGGAUAUAGCAGUGAGACUGCUGUCAGUGAAGGUCUCAGUGUUGUCUGGACACUGCACAGAAAUGCAGUGAUUUCAGUGCUGGCCUCCUACAACGGCACAUCUCACUCUUACCAGCCUCGAGUCCGGGUUAACCAAAGUGAUUUUUCACUGAUCUUGGAUGAUCUCACUGCAAGCGACAGUGGAGAGUAUCUGUGCAACGUUUCAACACCUCACUACACAACGCUUACUGUGAGAGCUCUGGAAGUUGAGAAUUCAGGUAAUACCUGGGACCUUGUGGCAGGAGUGACUCUUGCAGUGGUGCUGCUGGCAGUGAUCUUCAGCUUUGUCUGCUUCUUGCACAAGAAGCACAAAAGAAGAGGAAUCUUAUGAGCACCUUGACACAGUGGGAGAAAAUCCCUCUCUGCACACACAAAUGCUGCUGAGAUUGCUGCUGAAAAGAGCAGAGUCCCUUCACCUUCCCUGUUACUCUCAAAGCCACGUGGAAAUGUGAUUGUUUGAGCAACGGUAGCAAGCAAUUGAACUGGUGGAAAGAAGAAAUGAACCUAAGUCAAUUGACACUUGAA